CUCAAAAUCUCCUCUUAAGGUUCUCAAUCUCAAUCGUAUCAUCUUAUUUUAUGUUUCUACAUAUAUUAUGUACAUCCCCGUCCAUGCUGCAUGUAUGCUGCAUGUAUACUGCUUGUCUUCCCUGCGCAUGGCGUGUUGUAAGUCAAUUUGACAAGGAAUUCGGGGAAUCAUCCCGAAGGUACCACGAUGCCUACACCGAACCAACUCAAUGCGCUUCUAGCGAUGCCCGUGUCCCUCCGCCUCGCCUUAAUCGGUGCAUCCACGCGAAUACGGCCAGCCCAAACAUAUAUCUUUCGAACGAGCCUUAGAUCAUAUGCGACUUCAAAAUACCCUAACGUCGCCGCUUUCCUAAUCCCCGAGUUCCGAAUUUCCCAACCCAAAGAGAUCCUUUCCGAAGAGCUCUUUGAAUCAUUCUCCAUAUCACCAGCAGCCGACAUCCCUCUCGAAGAUGAACUCUCUUCGUUAUUCACGAAGAACCCUCCACUUUUCCAAUACGGCGAAUCGGAUUUUUAUAAGUUAAAAAAGAACACGCGCGUACCCGAAGUAUGCAUCCUAGGCCGGUCUAAUGUUGGGAAGUCGUCUUUCGUCAAUGCUCUUGCUGGUAGACAUAGUAGUGCAUUGGCCUAUGUCAGUACCAAGGCGGGGAAGACAAGGGCUAUGAAUACGUAUGGAUUCGGGCCGGCGCCGUUGCCCAAAGACAUCGCCGCUCAAUCUGCGGAGUAUAAGGGCAAAGAGGAUAUCCCUACGCAUGCUUUCUACUUGGUCGAUAUGCCUGGGUAUGGUCACGCAUCUUUGAAAGAUUGGGGUCGUAAUAUCAUGUUGUACUUGACGAAGCGGGUCGGCGUAAAGGGAGCUAUUAUCUUGAUUGAUGCUGAAGUUGGCCCUAAACAGACGGACACGCAAUUGCUUGAGCUACUGGGUUCUAUUGGUACGAGGACCGCUAUUGUUCUCACGAAAGCGGAUAAGGUCAAAGGCGGGCCGGAUGGGCUACGGGAAACCUGCACCAAGCUAUGGGAUAUUAUUCUCAACAUCGAAAAGAAGCAGGUGAAUAACAGGUGUAAUUGGGAAAAGGAAAUAUUUGUGACUGCGGUGGGAGCGAAGGAUCGCGAUGUCGCGAAUUCGACAGUGACGACCGCGAGGUUAGUCGUCGCCCGUCUGGCUGGUUUAGUGACGGAUACACGACCAAAACAAGAGAAAAACAAGAAGUGGUCAGGGAAGGUUAUCUCGUUUGAUGAUCUGCAGUAUGCGCCCGAUACAAAUAUGGCUACAACCCCUCGAGCCGACAAAACUGAGCGAAUAUCACCCAAACGUGAAACUAGCAUUAGAAGCAGCCCGAGUGCCGGGGGAACUAGUUCCCCCUUUGCUGAGUUGGAACGUGCUUCGGCGGAAGAAGCACACCGGGGGCCCCAUAGAAUCAGGCCACGAGCAUUUAACUCUCCAGUUACGCGGACCACCAGUCGAUCGCAUGCUCGGGCUUUUCAUCGAAGUGCAAGGUCAAGGGACGAGGAAAAGUCAAACGUUCAGUCGAACGUUCCAGCAGAGGUUGACUUGCGUAGUGUUCUAGACGAGUUCAUACAACAGCUAAAGGCCACGCAGAUGACUAGUAGCAAUUACGUGCGAAGCAUGCGACUUAAGCAAGAUAGGAGCUGGCCGUUACCUGUGGAGAAGCGUAAUCUCCUCGAGAAUUUCAAGCAAAAGCAGACUCGUUUCUUGCAAAAGCGCUUCCGAGAGGAUACUGCUCGAAUAGAGGAAGUGCGCCAGGCGCGGUUGACGAAGACGGAAGAGCGUGCUCAGAGGCGAUUAGAAAAGGAGCGAGAGCGGGCAGUGAUGGGUGUUGAUGUUGAUAAAUAUCAACCUGCUAAGGCAGCCCCAUCCCCCGCGAAAGUCGAGGAGGUGGAUCCCUCGGAUGAACCUAUGACGGCCGACGUGUUUCAGGCAAUGGUGACAUCGCCUGAGCUGAAAGAGGCGAAGGAAGAAAAGAGGAAAAAGGCAAAGAAAGAAACUAAGAAGCAGAGGAAGGAGAGGAAGAAGAAACUACACAAGGCCAAGUCGGUUGAUGAAUUCGAGGAGAAAUUCGCUAAUGCGUUCUCUGAGGAGUGAACCCCUCAUAUAACCGGAAGUUAUAAUUGAGAUUAGAGUAUACAGCGCUACUAACACCUUGGAACCGCGGUAUACUGUACUAUGAAUACUUUGUCUGCUGCUCAUAUAGAUGCUAGAACGACAAGGGCAAAUGUAUAUAAAUUACGAGCACUACUACGUUCACGUAUAUAUAAAUGAUGCGCUUCAAAUGCUAUUCAUUAG